AUGAGAGCUGUACGAUUCCAUGGACGAGGUGAUAUCCGCAUUGACGAGGUCGAAGAACCAGUUUGUGGUAGUGGCCAGGUCAAGGCAAGCUUAGCAUUACUAGUAGCUUUCAUUCGACCUGCCUUUGUCGGAAUAUGUGGCAGUGAUAUUCAUGAGUAUCUUACUGGCCCAUUGAUUGUCCCUGUCACCCCGCACCCAUUAACCGGAGACAAGCUGCCGACCACCCUGGGCCAUGAAUUCAGUGGUACAGUCGAAGAGGUUGGCCCAGGCGUUGUAGGGUUCAAGGUUGGGGAUCGGGUUGCGGUCAAGCCUAACCUCUUCGACGCUACGUGUUCGAGCUGUUCAAUGGGCAGAUUCAAUUCCUGCGAGAAACAGGGAUUCAUCGGGUUCAGCAUCGUGGACAGCAGACAUGCAAUUAUGUUGCCCGAUUCCAUUCCCCUCGAUAUCGGUGCUCUGGUGGAACCUCUUGCCGUCGCAUGGCACGCCGUAAGCCGCAGUCCUCUGCAGACAAAUGAUACAGUACUUGUCGUUGGAGCUGGACCAAUCGGACUGGCUAUUAUUCAGGUAUUGAAAGCCAAAGGUAUUACAUCAAUCAUUGCCGUGGAGGUUUCUGAGCGGCGACGAGCAUUUGCCCUGACCCAGGGCGCCACCGAGGUCCUUGAUCCCGUUGAUGUGGAUGCGGUUACGCAAAUACGUGUUUUGACAGGGAAUGUGGGUGCAGCUGUUGCAUUCGAGUGUUCCGGGGUUCAGGCUGGGCUCGAUACUGCGAUGGCUGGUCUUCGGGUGCGGGGGACGACGGUCAUUGUUUCCAUGUGGGAACAGAAGCCUAGUAUUGAUGCUCUUGCUGUUGUGCUUUAUGAGAGGCAUAUAAUAGGGGCUAUUGUUUAUGAUGAUGGGGACUUCGAAGCUGUGAUUGACGCAAUUGCUUCCGGUAGUAUUCAGCCUCACCCGAUGAUUACUAGUAAGAUCCGAAUGGAGGAUGUGGAUGAGAAGGGAUUCAAAGCUCUUAUCGGGGAGAGGGAUAAGCAUGUAAAGAUCCUGGUUGACAUUUCUGCAUGA